CCACCGCCGCGCCCGCAUCCUUCGCAGAUACAUAGUUGCUUGCCUGCAUACAUACAUCGUUCAAAGUGUGUCCUUAUCGCCGCGCCUCUCACGUGGCGAUUUGUGUUAAGCUGCCCGCCUCUGCUAUUACCCAGGGCCUGCCUGUCCAUCUUACUUGCCUACCGUGCCCUACCCGCCGCAUCCACACCUACACUACACUACACUACACUACACCACACCCACUACAGCCCAGUACAGUCCAGUACAGUGCAGAGUACAGAGGCCAGAAGGAUUGAACCAUGUAACUGCGCCUUUUGGCCCACCAUCGCAUCGCAUCGCACAGCACGCUGCUACGCACAUACUCACCUUACUUCCUUACAUACAUUCGUGUAUUCUUCUACAAACAUACCUGCCUUCUUCCAUUCAUACAUUCAUACUCACAUACCCUCCUCGAUCCGACUACCCUGGAUCGAUAGAGAGAGGGAGAGAGAGCGCGAAGUAGAGAUAGAUUUAGAAGAAGAAGAAGACGCAGAAAGACGGAAAGCCACACAGGAGCCGGAUCGAAAGAUCAACAGAGGCAGAGAGAGAGAGGGGGCGCAGGCCACUACCAUUGCCUGUGCUAUCCUAUCAUCCACCACCACCACCUCUCCGUCUCUCUCUUUCUCGCCUUUCCCUAUCCAAUCUCUCUCGCCUCGCUUCGAAGCCGACGCGCAUCCAUCCACCCAUCCAUCACCAUCCUUCCACAUCAGCCCAAACAAACACCGUCGCGCUCCUCACCUCAUCCGUCGGCAGCCUGUCAGUAUCACUAUUCACUGCUGCUGCUGCUGCUACUAUUAUUAUCACCAUCAUUGUCGGCAGCACGUCAGCAUCCGCUCUGCUGUUGUCAGUCGCCGCCGCCGCCGCCGCUCAUCAGUCAUCAGCGCGCGCGGCCUAGCAGCAGCCUAGCGGCCUAGCAGUCCGUUGCGUCGCAGGUCACGCUGCCGAACGGGAUUCUGCAGCUAAUUCCCGCCUCAACCACACACACACCUCUUCCCACCCCGUCCGUCGCGCCGCAUCCACCCCGCCCGCGACUACACACGCCUACACCCAGCCAGCCAGCCCUGCGCAGCGUUGCCCUGCCUGUCUGCGUGCUUGCUUGCUUGCUGCCAGCUCGCCAACCUCAAAACACGCCGCCUCCCAUUAUUGGCCCCAUCGCGACCUAGAGUCCUGCUGGUGCUAGUUGUGCCCGCGAGCCCGGCCUCGCUUUCUGCGAACGCCUGGAAUGUACUCUAUGCACCCCGUCCAAGCUCUGUCCAACGGCGGCAUCAUGGAUCCCUCGGCCACCAUCAAUCCAGCAGCGUUGGACUCUGCAGGCGCCCUCAUCAACCCGCCUCAGUCCAUCGCACAGCAACCUUCCCGCGGCCUCAAGCGGAGUCGGUCGCCAGAACACGGCUACGGCGACGCGCAAGCCGGUGAAAAUGGUGACCUAGAUGACGGGAAACCGCGCAAACGCGGUCGUCCUCCUAGGGGACCCAAGGUCUCGUUUGCUCAAGGCUCGACCCACGGUUCCCAACCUCCACAGACCCCAACGCAGUCUGCUCCUGCACCGCCCGUGCAGACUCCCCAACUCCAGAACGUACGGAUUCCUCAAGCAUCCCCCGCAAAGGCGUCUACCACGAAGGCGGCUUCCGGCAAGCCCACCGUAAUCAAGGCCCUCCCCACUGUGAGGGAUCACACGACCGAUCAAUUGAACCCCGAAGGUGACGAGUAUCUUCCGCGUGAAAAAGACGAUGCUGGGGAAAAGAAGGUGACGCUGCAAGGUCAUCCCCUGGACGGGCGCGAAUACAAGUGUCGCACGUUCUUCGUACCCAACAGAGGAGAGAAACUCUUCAUGCUCGCGACCGAGUGUGCUCGUGUUCUAGGCUACCGGGAUUCCUAUCUACUUUUCAACAAGAAUAGGUCUCUCUACAAGAUCAUAGCUACGCAGGCAGAGAAGGACGACUUGAUCCACCAAGAGAUACUACCGUAUUCGUAUCGCUCUCGACAAAUCGCGAUUGUCACGGCACGAUCCAUGUUCCGCCAGUUUGGGAGUCGACUGAUCCAAAAUGGCAGGCGCGUGCGUGACGAUUAUUGGGAAAGCAAGGCCAGAAAGCAAGGAUUCACCGAGGAAGAUGCUGCAGGCGAGAAGCGGCCAGGUGCGGCAAGGGCGAGAGAAGCUGCCGCAGCGGAAGCGAACCAUGGAGGCCAUCUUGCCUUCGCACACACGAGUGCAUUCAGUGGCAAGUUAGAUCAAGAGUAUCUAGGAUCCACCGUCAAUCCUAUGCAACCUUUCGGGGGCUUGACGCCCGCGCCCGGCACUAUGCCAGCAGCCAACGCCGAACCGUACGAACAGCGGACAACAACAGAUAUGCAGCCGCGGGACUACAGUGGCGUGCAAAGGCCGCGCCAUGAGAUGGCAGGUGCACCUUACCAGGAUAUGACAAGACCGACGCCUUCCGGAGAAAUCCUCAAUCAAGCAGCGCAAACUGUGGAGUACAACAAACAACUCGAAGCGCAACGCAAGCAUCGCAAACACUACUUGGAUGAUUACUGGAGCAGGCCUCACGAACCUCCUGCACCUGUUGAUCGUCCAGCUUCAGGGGAUGCCAAUAGCGUCUCGCAGGUAUCGCAAGCAGCACAGUCUCCGCGAGUCGCGCCAGCAAGCACGCUAGUUGGUAGUACUGGCCAGUAUAGCAUGCCCGCUCAAACUCCCCAAAGGCCCAACCAGGCGGCUGCCAGCCAGUCGUACAGAUCGCAGGGCCAUCCACCAAAUGCUAUGGCGCAGUCGCCUAUGGCUCAACAGCAUACACCCAUGCGACCUGAGCAAAUGCAUCGUCGACCACCAAGUAUGGGUCUGCCUCAAGGUAUGACGCCAUCAGGCAUACCCCAAGGUGGGAUGCUUCCCAGCGUUGGUCAGAACCAGGGCGGUCACAGUUACGCCCCCCAGCAUAUGUGGCAGCAAGGCCCGCCGCAGCCCUCACCACUGUCACAACAGCACAAUAUGCAGCAGUAUGCUCGGCCGCCACAGCAAUCACCACAUCCCCAGCAGUCGCCCAUGCAUGCCUCUCCACAGCUGCAUCAAGUUCAAAGCAGCUCCUCUAUGCACGGUACCCCUGUUCAGCAAUAUCAAACGAUGGGUGCGAUGAACGACGCGAACUACCAAGGUAUGGGGCAGAACCCUUACCAACCAAGCCCCAGCCCCCAUCAAUUCAUGCAACACCAAAGCACGGCUACUCAACAACCCGGUAUGCCAGGCUGGGCACCAAACCAAACACCCCAACCUGGAUGGCAGUCAUAUUGAGGACUGCCUCGCGAGAUAUAGGCACUUGCGGCCUUUCGAGACAAUACACGUCCUUGUCCGAUAGCACAUCGAUGUCGGCUCGAGCACCCAUGUGUUCUCUUCAUCGUCAAUUGAGCGUUCAACCGAAAACAUCACCUGGCUAAGAUCUGUGUCUUCUCUGAAGCCCGCCCCUUCACGCCUUACGUCCACAGCCAUCUUCGCGCCGUUCAUGAUCUGUUUCACGCCAGAGUCACUUCUCUCCACUUCUUUGACUUUUCUUUCACCUUUGACAUCUUCACCAUACCCUGUACACUAUGCCUGCAUUUGCACUUCUCUAGGUGGCCGCUCUCUGCGUCGUUUGGGAUAUGCUCUUCACUGCAUCGUAUAAUGGUCUCCAUCACAUGGCUUGUCGAAUGCAUGCCCCAUGCACGAACUCUUUCUGCUCUCCAAUCGAACAUGGCC